GUCGAAUUCUCUAGGGUUAAAGGAAAAUAAUUUGUCGACACAAAAUUUGUUCGACUUCUUUCUUCUCUCGACGGCGACGACAAAGGCGAUCCACAUCCUCGACGAUUUCACGAAGCCGUUCGGUUCUUCUCACCGGAAUUUCUUGACAAAUUACUGAAGCCGAUCUUCUGUUUCGCUUUUUCUUCCUAAUUUCUCGAAUCAUCUCUCAGAUUAAGAAGAUUCUUGAUCUGGAAACAGUUUAAGGCUGUUGAGCUUGUAAAAUCAUGGGAUCUUGCUUUGUUCGAUUUACAAGGAUUAACAUGUUUGAUGCAAAUCUCUACCAGAACCGAGGACAGGACAGGUUUAUGUCUGCAAUUGCAAUCAUUUUGACACAGGACAGAGGCUCAAGGGUGCUAAAGCUGGAGAGAAAGAGUCUCGAAUUUCUUCUGAAGCAUUAUUGUGGAGUUGCUGCAACCAAAGAAUACCAAAAUGCAGGCAGACUGGAGAAUACGACCCCUUUCGGAUGUAAUGACAAGUUAGCUUACACAUUGGAUCGGCUUAUGAGCAAUUUCCUGAUACAUUCUCUGUGGAAGCAGUUCAAUUAUAUUUUGAAGGAAGCUGGAUUAGUAAAUGAUGAUUCAGCUCUCAACAACAAGCUGGAUUAGUAAAUUCGUUUUUGUAAUCUUUUUUUAAAUAUGCUUUUAUAUCAUGUAACUUUAAAUUUUAUGAAAUGCAAUAAUUUUAUGAAA